UUUCCAGCUCUUCAAUUUGAGGAUUUGAACCUAGGCGCCCCCGCUGUCCACUAUCCUGCCGUCCCACCUUCACUCAUUCCUUCACAGCAGAUCUUCACAGCAGACCCGAAGACAUUCAAACACGUGGGGUUUCUGGGGUUCGUUCCUCUUCAUAGCAGAUCCGGCGCCUUCCUCUUCUUGGGUUCGUUCAUAGCAGACAUUCACAUUCAUAAAUCAGCGGCGUUUCUUGGGUUUCUCUUUUACCCACCAGCGUCUCUUUGGUUCAUUCUCUUAGGGUAAAAGCAAUUUUCUUGCACUAAAGGGGAAGGAGUCAGAGAACAUGAGACAAGAUGCUCAACAAAGUUUCUAGGUGUUGCUUCUGCACUGCUGUUGCACGGCCAUGGCUUUUUGUUGGCUUGGGAAAUCCUGGCGAGAAAUACAAAGGAACUCGACACAAUCAGGUGGGGUUUGAGAUGAUUGAUGCAUUUGCUGAAUCACAAGGGAUUUUGAUGAAUACAGUUCAUUGCAAAGCUAUUUUUGGAGAAGGUUUUAUUGAUGAAGCACCGCUUCUUCUUGCAAAGCCUCAAACUUACAUGAAUCUGAGUGGUGAAUCUACUGGGCCACUUGCAGCUUACUUUAAGCUACCUCUUAAUCGUGUCAUAGUGAUUCAUGAUGAUAUGGACUUGCCAUGUGGAGUACUUCGACUUCAACACAAAGGAGGACAUGGAAGCCACAACGGUUUGAAAAGUGUCAUCUAUCAUUUUCGAGGAAAUAGAGAAUUUGCUCGGCUGAGAAUUGGAAUUGGGAGGCCUCCUGGUCAAAUGGAUCCCAAAGCUUUCUUAUUGCAGAAGUUCAACGCAACAGCUCGAGAGCGAAUUGAUACUGCUAUACCAGAGGGAGUUGCUGCAUUAAAAUACAUUUUAUCAAAAGGCUUGACAGAGUGUGCAAGACAUUUCAACCAAGAACAAAAGUACAAGCAUUUAAGAUUGCAAACAUGCCAACAAACAUAGCAUGCCUAUGUGUUAGAUUUCUUUCACAUAAUUUGACCGACCCUUGUGGAAGGUAUUUCCGAGACAUGGAUUUUCUUUUUUAAAUACACUUUUGAUAAAAUUGUACUGUAAAUUAUUAAAGUUUUGCUCCCAAAUAUUGUGUGUUAUUUUACAAUUAUAAUAACAAUGCAAUAGCUUUUACUAUAAUUUAAGGGGUGAACUAUCCAUUAUGAAA